CAGCACUGUCAACUAGAGCUGACAAAAAUUGUGUGUAAACAAGCUAACGAAAGCCAAACAAUAACAAUAACAACCGAAACAUGUCCAUUUGCGAGGACACGGCAACGGUUGAGGAUGCCGAGCUGCGCUUGUGUCGCGUUUGCAAUGUUCCGUCGUUGCAAUCGCUGCCGCUCUAUAAGCCACAUAUCAUCGCCGGCGAGCUGACAACGCUAGCAGCGCUGCUCAGCUAUUGCGCCAAUUUGCAGGUGCUCGAGGAGGAGCGGUUCCUGCCCACACACAUGUGCAAGCGCUGUGGCGACUUGCUAACGCAAGUAUAUGAAUUCAAGCGCACAGCUCUGCGCACCGACCAUCUGCUUAGAAAGCGCAAUGCGAUAUCUUCAAGAGCCGCCAUUUCCCGCUCCCCAUCACUAGCCGAUCUGCGAGGUGCCGAUCAACUCGAGCAGGCUGAUGCCGAAGUCGAUACCGAAACAGAUGCUAUCAUCGAAUCAGCUGGCUCUGAUGAGUAUGUUUACGUGCUGGAGGAAACGGAAUCGCUGGCGUCAAACGCGGACAGCGUUGUGUCCAAUCAGCAAAAUCAGGUGUACCCUGUGGCUGAGGAAAUACCCGAUAAUGAAGUGCAUUUUGAGAGCGAUGAGCCCAAUGUUGAGGUCUUUGAGGUGGACUAUGACUUACCAGAGGAUUAUGAAAACGUGCAGGCACCGAGCAAUAUAGAAGCUGACCACAACGUCAAGCCGCGUGCGACGCAGCGUCGCAAAUCACUGAAUCCCGCCCUGCAAUGCCUGAUUUGCGGCAAGCAGCUCAGCACCAGCAACUCAUUUAAGUAUCACAUGCAACUCCAUGGCGAUAAUAGGCCAUUUGUGUGCACCAUUUGCGGAGAUUCGUUUAAGACGCGCAAUGCCUAUGAUGGUCAUAUUACGCUGCAUAAUCCCAAUAAUCCCAACAAGUGUACAAUUUGCGGUAAAAUCUACCGGCAGGCAUCAUCGCUGCGCUCCCACCUGUAUAGCCAUAGCGGCGUCAAGCCAUUCACCUGCGAUGUAUGCGGCAAGGGAUUGACCCAAAAGUCUGGCUACAAAAAACACAUGCUCACCCAUACGGGCGAGAAGCCGCAUAAUUGCGACACCUGCGGCCGCCACUUCCGCUACUCCAGCAACCUGAUCGCGCACAAGCGCUCCCAUACACGCAAAACUCCCACCAACCUGAAGACAACUACCAGCAAAGGCUCUUCAAAGGCAGCCCAUACGUGAAUCCACAAAUAUACAACCAAAGCUCAUGCCCAAUAUCAGCCGUCUUAUCUUUUGAGAGAACUGAUCAGAGCGCAGCAAAUAAAACGGCCAUUGGGCAUUUUAAAUUGAAA